AUGGCAAUCGUGUGUAUCGAUGGAGCUCAACUCAACGAAACAUCCAAUUCGGAUGCUGAAAUCUUACGAACAGAUCCGACAAUGAUGUUGUUGACGGAAACGACACGACAAUCAGAAACUGAUGCGCGAAUUGGUGCGCAAUUGUUGCCUGGAACUGAAGAUUCACAAAUCUCGACAAAAGAAUUAAAGUUAAUGAAGGAUUCACGAGUAGAAUUGGAGAAAUCUGAUGAAAUUGAGGCAGAAAAUGUUGCUAGGAUGGAAAAAGAAUUGUGCUCGGAAGGCAGAGGAUGGAAGGGUGUUGUUGAAGUGAAAGAAGAUGGCGGUGGAAAAGCUUUAACGUUAGAAAAGGGACGGGUAAAAGAAGAUGAGAAUGAUAGAAAUGCAUUCACGUCAAACUUUGUGGAAUUGAGAGCAGAUGUGAGUGCUGAAGUUGGGCACGAUGAAUUGAGGUGUGGU